AUGUCGACCAUCGAGAAGGGCGACCUCGUCCUCAUCACCGGCUGCUCAGGCUACAUUGCCAGCCAAACCGCCAACCAAUUCCUCGAAGCCGGCUACCGCGUCCGUGGCACCGUGCGCUCCAAGGAGAAGGUCGAGUGGUUGUACGCGCUCUUCGACGCCAAGUACGGCAAAGGCAAAUUCGAGCAUGUCGUAGUGCCGGACAUGAUGGCGGAGGGGGCGUUCGACGAGGCGGUCGAAGGGGUGGCGGGGGUGUGUCAUACGGCGAGCGUGAUGAAGUUUAGUGGUGUUUAUGAUGAAGUUGUGCCUGCGGUGGUCAAAGGCGCGCUGAACGCUCUGACAGCCGCUACCAAAGAACCGAAAAUGAAGUCUUUCGUCUACACGUCAAGCAGCACCGCAGCCCUGAUGCCGCAACCUGACAAAGAGAUCCACGUCACCAAAGACACCUGGAACGACCAAGUAGUCCACGACGCCCAAACCGCCCCCAACCCCUGGAACGUCUACGGCGCCUCCAAAACUGAAGCCGAGCGCGCCAUCUGGAAAGCCGUCAAAGAGACCUCGCCACCAUUCCAAGUCGCCGCCGUGUUGCCAAACGCAAACCUCGGUCCCAUCCUCCAACCGGGCGCCGAAAACUCCUCCUCCACCGCCUCCUGGCCCCUGCAGCUGUGGAACGGUGAUACCUCCGUCACGACCUCCGUGCCUCCCCAAUACUUCGUCGACGUGCGGGACACCGCUCGCUUACACGUCAUAGCCAUGAUAGACCCCGCUUGCAACGGAGAACGGAUCUUCGCGUUUGCGGCACCUUUCACCUGGAACGACAUCCUAGCGGUGCUGCGGAAGCAGAAUCCCGGCAGGGAGUUUCCGGCGGAUAUGGAGGGUGGGGGGCGGGAUAUGAGUGUCGUGCCGAAUGGGGAGGCGGAGGCGCUGUUAAGGAAGCAUUACGGGAAGGGGUGGACGGGGCUGGAGGAGGUGGUGGAGGCUAAUACUGCUACAGUGCGGUGA